UGUUGACUCUCUUAAGGUUUAAGUCCACGGAUGAUUCCCUAUACUGCAAGCCUCGAGUAAAAAACAGAAGAAAAUUCGGUCUCUUCGUACUCUUUAGAGUGAUAGUAUGAAGAAAAUUCAUGUUCCAAGAAGAUGAGAAGAACUUCUAUAUGGUCAGUAGUUCACAUGCUCUAUGUCGUCUUAUUUUGCUCUACAAUUUUGAUAUUAUCUUCUCCUCAUUGCUGCUCUGCUAGAGAUAAUAUAAGAGUGAAAAGUAGGCUAGGCUAUGCACAAACUCUUGUUUCAGCUGGAAAUAGAUUUGAAUUGGGGUUCUUUGACCCAUCCAGAAGCUCCAAUGUGAAGAGAUAUGUAGGGAUAUGGUACACCACCAAUCCUCAAACAGUUGUUUGGGUUGCUAAUAGAGGAAAACCCCUUUUAGACAAUAGUGGAGUUUUAUCUAUUGCAGAUGGAGACCUCAAAUUAUCCGAUGACAAAGGGAUCGUUUAUUGGCAGACAGAUCUUGGGCUCAAACGUUUGAACCUUGUGGCAAAGCUCGAGGAUACUGGUAACUUAGUUCUGCUUGAGGAUCUGUCAAAGGGGAAAUAUUUAUGGCAAAGCUUUUGCGAACCAACGGAUACAUUUCUUUAUGGUAUGAAGAUGGAUGAAAAUUUUAAAUUAACUUCAUGGACCAGUAGAGAAGAUCCAGCACCGGGAAACUUCACUUUCAAGCAAGAUCCGGCAGAAGAGAAUCAGUUUGUUGUCACGGAAAAAAUUAUCACUCACUGGAGAUCAAUGAGGCCAGAGUCAGCUAAAAUCUUUAAAUCGAAUGAAAUGUAUUAUACAAUACUCGACUUUCUCAAUUUGACAGGGAAAAACCGAGAAAUUUACAAUCAUACAAGAAUGGUGAUGAAUCUCAAUUUGACAGGAAAAACCGAGAAAUACAAUCAUACAAGAAUGGUGAUGAACUUAACCGGAGAUUUACAGUACUGGCAGUUGGAUAUAGACACGAAAAAGUGGUCCUUAACGUGGUGGGUUCCGAAAGAUAUAUGCGGUGUGUUCAAUUUUUGUGGGAACUUUGGCAUCUGUAAUAGCAAGAAUAAGUUACCAUGCAAAUGUUUGCCAGGUUUCAAACCUAAUUUCCCAGAGAAAUGGAAGGCCGGAGAUUUUUACGAUGGUUGCUCCAGAAACUAUACACGUGGCCAUGACUUCUUGCACUUGAAAAAGAUGAAAGUGGGAUAUCUAGGCUCAUCGUAUGAGGCUAAGAAUGAAACAGAGUGCAGAGAGGAGUGCCGUACGAGGCGCCUGUGCCAGGCAUAUUCAUAUUCAUAUUCCGUCCAAAGAAACCCUAAUUCAUGCUUGACUUGGGAACAGGAUAUCAAAGAUCUUCAGGAAGACCAAGAUGGUGGCAAUGAUCUUUACGUCCGUGUGGCGAGGUCAGAUAUAGAACCAACAGGUAGAAAUUGUGAGACUUGUGGCACGAACUUGGUCCCUUAUCCCCUAAGCACUGGACCAAAAUGCGGUGAUCCCAUGUACUCCAGAUUCUACUGCAAUAACGAUACAUACCAGCUAAGCUUCAUUGCACCUAGUGGCAACUAUAAUGUCAUCAGUGUCGAUCCAGAGGCACGAAUAUUUGUUAUUCAAAUGCAAUCCAGAAACGCAGAUAAUUGUACUUUUAUGAAAUCAUCAGGAAGCAGAAUUCUGCAGCUCAAUGAAUCAUCGCAGUUCAAUGUGACCAGCUGGUGCAGUAGUGAUCUAGGGAACUUUACUACUGAUUCUUCACUAAUUGAUACAGUUGAAGUAGAGAUUAGUUGGGUGCCGCCGUUAGAGCCAAUCUGUUCAUCAUCUGCUGAAUGCAAGGAUUGGCCUAAUUCAACUUGCAAUACAAGAGAAAAUGGACCAAAACAGUGCCUUUGCAAUGCUAACUUCCUUUGGAAUGGCUCGGCUUUAACCUGUGCUCCAGUAGCAGAGUCUUUUCAUGGAAACAAGUUACUCUCUCUGAUCCUUGGAGUUUCUCUGGCAAAUGCAAUGGUCUUUUUGUGCGCCGUUGUUUCUAUUUGCAUGUGGAGAAGAAAGGUGGUUAAAAGUCGAGUAAAACAAAGAAAAGCUGCUCUUCAUCGGUAUGACACCGAAAGAGGUGUUAAAGAGCUAAUAGACUCGAACCAAUUCAAAGAACCAGAUGGGACGGGCAUAGACGUACCUUUCUUUGAUUUUGAAAGCAUACUAGCUGCAACAGACAAUUUCUCAGGAAACAAACUUGGAAAAGGAGGCUUUGGGCCGGUUUACAAGGGCAAGUUUCCAGGAGGUCAAGAAAUUGCUGUAAAGAGGCUCUUAAGUGUAUCAGGACAGGGCCUGGAGGAAUUUAAAAAUGAGGUUGUGUUGAUUGCAAAACUUCAACAUCGGAAUCUUGUGAGACUAUUGGGCUACUGCAUAAGAGGAGAGGAGAAGAUUCUACUCUAUGAAUAUAUGCCCAACAAAAGCUUAGACACCUUGAUAUUUGAUGAAUCAUUUAGCCAGCAAUUGGAUUGGGAGACACGCUUCAAUAUCAUUUUGGGAAUUGCUAGAGGAUUGCUUUAUCUUCACCAAGAUUCCAGACUGAGAAUCAUUCACAGAGAUCUGAAAACUAGCAACAUACUACUGGAUGCAGAGAUGAAUCCGAAAAUAUCUGACUUUGGCCUUGCAAGGAUGAUCCAAGGCAAACAAACUGAAGCAAACACACAUAGAGUAGUUGGAACAUAUGGAUAUAUGGCACCAGAAUAUGCGUUAGAUGGACUUUUCUCAAUAAAAUCCGAUGUUUUCAGCUUCGGUGUAGUCAUGCUUGAAAUUGUUAGCGGAAAAAAAAACAUGAGAUUUUACCAGGUGGAAUAUGCCCCAAGCCUAAUUGGUUAUGCAUGGAGAUUGUGGGAAGAAGGCAAGGCAUUGGAUUUAAUGGACGAGACAAUGCGGGCAAGUUGCAAUGCAAGUGAGUUUUUAAGAUGCGUACAUGUUGGGCUGUUAUGCGUGCAAGAAGAUCCCAGCGAUCGCCCCACCAUGUCGAAUGUUGUCGUCUUGCUUGGUAGCGAAACUGUGAGUCUUCCAAUUCCUAAGCAGCCAGCGUUUGUGACAAGGAGAACCCUUUCUACCACAGCUUCUACCUCUAGUAAAGCUGAACCCAGUUCUGAAAUCACCUCUACUCUCGAAGAAGGUCGAUAAUUGUGAAGUAUCUCAUGAGUUGUGUAUAUUAUCUGUGUUUUUCGAGAUUUCUGAUUUGAGACUUGCAUUGAAGACCCUGGCAAGCUUCAAUCAUAUGGCUGAGUGGUUAUGUUUUUGUUGCUUAGUAUUUUGACAGUUUUUUGCUAUUUUUGUUAAUGUCAUACAUACUCCAAUGCACGUUUAGAGUUGA